AUAAAUAACCAAUCUUUCUGUCGUCGAGACAUUCGACGUGGAUAACAACUUUACCUUAUAAAUGAUCUCACAUUACCCAUUUCAUCGAUUUUCCCGCCUCACACUCUAAGAUUCUCUCUAAAUAUCCUGGCUUUUGGGAAGAAUCUGAAACAAUUCACAUUCUAUUCUACGAAUUUCAAUGGCAGAAGUGAGGAACAAGCAAGUGGUUCUAAGGGACUAUGUGGUUGGUUUUCCCAAGGAAUCCGACAUGAACACUGUCGAAGGAAGAAUAACAUUGAAGGUUCCAGAAGGUUCCAAUGAUGUGCUUCUCAAAAAUCUCUACCUCUCUUGUGACCCUUACAUGAGAGUCUUGAUGAGCAAGAUGGGCCAUGAGGGAUUUGGGUGCUACAUACCUGGCUCUCCAAUAGCAGGGUUGGGAGUGUCAAAAGUCCUAGAAUCUGGACACCCAGAUUACAAGAAAGGUGAUUUAGUUUGGGGAAUGACGAAAUGGGAAGAAUUCAGCUUGGUGCCUGCAACUCAAAUAGAUUUCAAAAUUGAGCACACAGAUGUCCCUCUUUCAUAUUAUACUGGUAUUCUUGGUAUGCCAGGAUUGACAGCUUAUGUAGGUUUCUUUGAAGUGGGCUCUCCCAAGAAAGGGGAGAAUGUUUUUAUUUCAGCUGCUUCUGGUGCUGUUGGUCAACUUGUUGGUCAGUUUGCUAAAUUGACUGGUUGCUAUGUGGUUGGAAGUGCUGGAAGCAAAGAGAAGGUGGAUCUUUUGAAGAAUAAACUUGGAUUUGAUGGAGCUUUUAACUACAAAGAAGAGUCAGAACUCGAUGCAACUUUGAAAAGAUACUUUCCAGAAGGCAUUGAUAUUUACUUUGAGAAUGUUGGAGGCAAGACACUUGAUGCAGUACUCCUUAACAUGAAAUUACAUGGUCGCAUACCUGUUUGUGGAAUGAUCUCACAGUACAAUCUUUCUCAACAUGAAGGUGUAACAAAUUUGGCACAUCUCAUAUUUAAGAGGAUUAAAAUGGAAGGGUUUGUUGUAAAUGAUUUCUACCAUUCAUAUUCCAAAUUCUUGGAGUUUGUUUUGCCUCAUAUUAGAGAAGGGAAGGUUGUGUAUGUGGAAGACAUUGCUGAGGGUCUUGAAAAUGGCCCUGCAGCCUUGGUUGGUCUCUACACUGGUCGGAAUGUUGGUAAGCAAGUGGUUGUUGUUGCUCGUGACUGAAUGCAGAUGUUUUUUUUGGACAUUGCUGAGUUUUUCUUAAGUUUUGAUGAAUACUAAGCCUCUUUGUAUCUGAAUUUUUCUUAAGUUCUGUUGAAUAUUAAGCCUCUUUGUAUGACUUUUGCAGUCAUUUUGAA